GCAGUGGCUGAGUUGCUGACAGGAGGCGGCGGCGGAGGAGGAGGCGAGGCAAGACCUGCGGCUCGGCCUGGCCUCAGCCGCGAUAGAACUAGGCAAGCCCACCUAGUCACGCCGGCCUCGCAACCUCUCGCCCUCCCCGCCCCCUCUCCAUCUGCCUGGUCGCCUGCCCUCCCGACUCCUCCGGGGCGGCCUAAUCUGCACUACCCGCCGGGCUCCUGGGGCCGCCGCCCCGUGCGGUCCCGUCGGCGUCCCUCGCCGCGCCCGGCCCCCGGCCCGCUCUCCCGCCGGCACCAUGAUGGAGGAGAUCGACCGGUUCCAGGUGCCCACCGCGCACUCGGAGAUGCAGCCGCUGGACCCAGCCGCCGCCUCUAUCUCAGACGGAGACUGUGACGCCCGGGAGGGUGAGUCAGUAGCCAUGAAUUACAAACCAUCCCCGCUCCAAGUGAAGCUGGAGAAGCAGCGGGAGCUGGCCCGGAAGGGCUCCCUGAAGAACGGCAGCAUGGGCAGCCCUGUCAACCAGCAACCCAAGAAAAACAAUGUCAUGGCCCGGACAAGGCUGGUCGUCCCCAAUAAAGGCUACUCCUCGCUUGACCAGAGCCCAGAUGAGAAGCCACUGGUUGCCCUUGACACAGACAGCGAUGAUGACUUUGACAUGUCCAGAUACUCCUCCUCUGGCUACUCCUCUGCUGAGCAGAUCAACCAAGACUUGAACAUCCAGCUGCUGAAAGACGGCUACCGGUUAGACGAGAUCCCUGACGACGAGGACCUAGACCUCAUCCCCCCCAAGUCCGUGAACCCCACCUGCAUGUGCUGCCAGGCCACGUCCUCCACCGCCUGCCACAUUCAGUAGCGGGCGGGCCGCCGCGGCCGCCGGGGGCGGGGCCGAGCGGGGGAGGUUGGACCGGGCAGGGGCCGACCCCUGCCAGCCCGUCGUCCACCUGCCCCCGGCCCCGCGCCGCCACAGCCGCUAACCUUGUAACAGUCAUUGCUUCCUCCUAUGGUAGGACGUGUACCUCUGUGUGUUCAUGGAGCCGGAGAAACCAAAACCGGGUCUCUCUGCACCCGGGGGCUGAGGAGGGGUGGGGGCUGUUGGCUCAGUUACUUGGGGGACUUCAUCCAGCAGCUGCCCCCCUUACCAAGGCUGCAGUCCGGUGGCCGGGGUGGGGGAUAAGACAAUGGACGGCAGGGAGGACAACAGUUCUGAGUAGGGCUAGGGGUCACAAAGCCAGGGGCUUGUCCCCACCCCAGCGAAGCCGUGAAUCUUCCAGCCAGACCAGGAAAGGGGAGCUGAGGGAGAAAGGCCCAAGGCAGUGAGGAUGGGGGGGGGGGGGGGGUGUCCCCAGCGCCCCCUGCCGGCCGGUGUACCUAAGUGGGCUUUGCCCCUCCUCUCCGGAUGGGAAGUCUGGCAAAGCUGCCCAACGGGGAUUCUGCCCCACCCAUCAGAUCACUGCCUUCCUCCUCCUCCUCUUUGCCUCAUCCACCCCUCCCUUCUUUGCUGUCUGGGUAUUGGAGAGAGUAAGUGAGCCUUAGAGAUAGGCAGGAGCUUGGGGUUAAAUGAACUGUUCUCACUGGCCCCUACCCAUUCAUCUAUCUUAUGCCUGUGCUGUCCCCUUCUUAUGCCUCCCCCGCCAACCCCAUGCUUCUGUUUAUUGGUCUCUGCCCCAGGCAAGGAUCAGGGAGUAAGGCCAGCCCCCAACGUCCAAGAUCUGCAAGGCUGGUCCCUGGGAAGUCUUCAAGGAGCAAGCUUAUAAUCCAGUGGGCGGAGAGGCUGCAUGCGUGUGGCAGGGAGCGCUUGGCAGAACGUGUGUGUGUGGCUGAGGCUGUCGGGGUGUGUGUGUGUGAUUGUGUGCCGACAGCGUGAGAGGCUGCUCAGCGGUGGACUGAGAGCCCUGGCCUGGGAUCUGCUCCCGGCUCUGGCACCCUCCCCUUGGUCUUACCAAGCUCCGCACUUCCUCUGGGCUUCAGUCUCCUCAACUCUAAAAUGAACAGCCCAGAAAUCAUUUUUUAGGGUCUUCUAUGCCAGAAAGCAUUUCUCCAGGAUUCCUCUGGCGAGGUCUGGGGAGUUUUGUGUUUCUGAGUACGUGUGGGGAGCUCACCGAGUCCUGUGUCUGUGUGGAAAAGGGAAGGGGCCGCUCCUGCCAAGACCGCGUUGAGGUUCACGUGGCUGUUUGGAAAUGCACGUGUGUGUGUCUGUGAAGGUGUGCGUGCGUGCCAGUCCUGUCCUGUGUGGAGCUGUGUGGGGUGUUUGGGUCGGAAUGUGUGCCCUGCUGCUUCUGCUGCUGUGGCUGAUGUGGAGGCAGGGGACAGGGAAGCUGACAAUGGAAAGAAGAGGGAAGACAUGAGCAGAGCCUGGCCCUGGGGCUGGCGAUGUGGACCUGCCCUCCUGCCAGGAAAAGUGAAAGUACAGAUAGCCUCGGCUGGCUCAGGCCUGUGGCCCACAAAGUGUACGCCCCGGGGCCCAGGUCCUCACGCUGACACCCCACACACGGUGGUGUAUCCACUCAUACAGAGCCCACUCGCAUGCUGCAAGCUGCAGUGGACGCAUCCAUAGCCCAUUCUCUGGAUGCCAGGCCUGGGAGGUGGGAGCUGGUGAGGGAGAAGUGAGAGGAGGGAGGGGGUGCUGGCUUAGGAAGGGUAGCACCACUCCCUGAACUGCACCCAAGAUCUAUUAACUCCAAAGUGUUGGGGUAUAGCUCCCCACUCCCGACACCUCCAAACCCCCCCCCUCUGGUCCAGGGACCCUACAUAAUGAGAAAAUGCCAGGGGAAGGCAAGGACAGAGAAGGUAAAUGCGGGACCCUCAGGCCCAUACUGGCCCCCAUCUGAGUCCCUCUCUCCCACCCUGUUCAAUGUCUCUGGCCCUGAGGAAGCCUGAGAAGCUCUCUCCCCACACAACAUACUAGAUCCCUGGCAGGCAAGGACUUCCAACUGAGGCAGUACUAGUGAGGUUGAGAGGGUAGGGAUUGGCAGCAGCGGCGGCAGCAGCGUCUGAGUCUGGGGAGAGCCUGUGGCUCCCUCCUUCCCUCUCUGGGAGGUUGGAGGGGAGGAAUCAAGGCCUUACCUUGCCCCCUGCCAUCCUUCCCCCUUGUAGAUACUGCCUUAACACUCCCUCUACCCUCAGCUGUGGCUACCACCCAGCCAGGUUUCUCCGUGCUCACUAAUUUAUUUCCAGGAAGGUGUGUGGAAGACAUGAGCCGUGUAUAAUAUUUUUUUUAACAUUUCCAUUGCAGUAUUGACCAUCAUCCUUGGUUGUGUAUCGUGUAACACAAAUAAUAUUAAAAGCAUCAAA